AAAAAGUGAAGAGGCACGAGGUUAAAAAUCUGAAAUUGAAGCAGUUUCUUGUUCUCGUGAUUCCCCGCGCAAAAGUCAUCCUCUCCCACUCCCGCCGCAGAGAUGCAGCCCUCUUCUCUCUUCCCCGACGACCCCACUCGCCGCCCCAAACGCCUACAAGCCGGUAUAAUCUCCAGAAUCAGUCUCCUGAACUUCAUGUGCCACAGCAAUCUCGAAAUCGAGUUCGGAGACUUGGUUAACUUCAUCACCGGUCAAAAUGGGAGUGGAAAGAGCGCAAUAUUAACGGCACUUUGUGUAGCAUUUGGGUGCCGAGCUCGUGGUACGCAGAGAGCGAAUACUCUGAAGGAUUUUAUAAAGUCUGGCUGCAGCUAUGCACUUGUUCAAGUUGAGAUAAAAAAUCAAGGUGAAGAUGCUUUUAAGCAUGAACUGUAUGGAGACAUCAUCAUUGUGGAGCGUAGAAUUACAGAAUCUGCUGGUGGCAACAUCGCAUUAAAAAACAGUCAAGGUAGGAAAAUUGGCUCCAAGAGAGAGGAUCUUCGUGAGAUUGUAGAAUACUUUAAUAUUGAUGUAGAGAAUCCAUGCACGAUCAUGAGCCAAGACAAGAGCAGAGAAUUUCUACAUUCGGGGAAUGGAAAAGACAAGUUCAAGUUCUUUUUCAAGGCAACACUUCUUCAACAAGUGGAUGACCUACUACAAGGUAUUUCAAAGCAACUGCAUGAUGCAAAUGGCCUGGUUAGUCAUUUGGAAGAUUCGUUGAGGCCGGCGAAGAAGGAACUUGAUGAGUUACAAGAUAAGAUUAAAAACAUGGAAGCUAUGGAGAAGAUAUCACAACAGGUGCAGUCAUUAAGGGAGAAACUAGCUUGGUCGUGGGUAUAUGAUGCUGAUAGAAAGCUUGAUGCGCAGCAUAAGUUGAUUGAAAAGCUAAAAGGAAGGAUACCUAGCUGUCAAGCGAAGAUUGACCAGAAGCAUCACAUGAUGGAAGAAUUGAAUGAUCGAUUGGCAACAAAGAAAAAUGAAAUAUCAAGUAUGAUGGAAAGAACAUCUGAAGUUAGAAGAAUGAAGGAGGAUCUGCAGGAAAGUCUUUCUAUGGCUGCGAAGGAGCAGUUUGAGCUAACAGGGGAACGAGAUCGCAUAAAUAGGCAAAUUGCAAAGAUGAGUCAACAGGUCAGGUCACUUGAGAGGCAGAUUCAGGAAUCCCAUGAGCAGUAUGUGAAAAAUACACAGGCUGAAGAAAAUGAGAUGGAGGAAAGGGUUAGAGAACUUCAAAAUGAAGCUGAUGAAGCUAAUGCCAACAUUCUGAGAUUGAAGGAAGAGGAGGAUAACAUGAUGCAAAGGAUAACUACGGUAGAAAAUGAAAUACAACAAAUUUCUCAUCAGAUUGAAGAUGUCGAGCAAAGCAAUCGUGAGUUUUCUUCACGGAUCCGUGAAAUCCAAAUGCAUCAAAGAAACAAGGUUACUGCAUUUGGAGGAGGUCGGGUAACCCAUCUCUUGCAGGUGAUCGAGCGGAAUCAACAUAAAUUUAGUAUGCCACCCAUUGGUCCCAUAGGCGCCCAUGUGCAACUGGAACAUGGAGACAUGUGGGCUAUAGCUAUUGAAAAUGCAGUUGGCAGGUUGCUCAACACUUUCAUUGUCACAAAUCAUAAUGAUUCUCGUAUCUUAAGAGCAUGUGCAAGAGAAGCAAACUAUAACCACUUACCGAUUAUUGUACAUGAUUUCAGAAGACCAAGGAUCAACAUUCCGAGGCUCAUGCUUCCUCAGACUAAUCAUCCCACUGCAUUGUCUGUUCUGCAUACAGACAAUUCUACAGUACUCAAUGUUUUGAUUGAUAGUGGUAAUGCUGAGAGGCAAGUCCUUGUUAAAGAUUAUGAAGUUGGUAAAGCAGUCACCUUUGAUCAAAGGAUACCAAACCUUAAGGAGGUUUACACAUCGGAUGGGUACAAAAUGUUUUACCGCAGUUCAGCCCAAACUAUUCUUCCACCAAACAAAAACAUAAGGGCUGGUCGUCUUUCUGGUUCAUUUGAUGAUCAAAUUAAAUAUCUGGAGAGAGAAGCAUCAGAAUCGAAUUUGAAAGCUCAACAAGGCCGAGGACAGAAACGGGCGAAGGAGGAAGAGUUGAUGGAUCUUCGAAACAUUUUAAACAAUGUAAAGAGAAGGCGCAUCACUCUGGAUCGGCAAUUUAUGUCAAAAAAAUUUGAGCUGAACGAUGCGAAGAAUUUACUUUCCUCAGAAGCUAAUGCAGCACAUGAUUCUAAUCUGGAUGAGCUCCAUCAAGAUAUAUCCAAACUGCAAGAUGAGAUACGAGAAAAAGAAGCUUUGCUAGCAAAGAUUCAGGAUAGAGUGAAUGAAGCAGGAACUAAAGCUAAAAAUCUUAAAAUGUCAUUGGAGAAUCUGUGUGAUUCGGCAAAGUCAGAAAUGGAUGCAUUAGAAAAAGCAGAGAAUGAACUGAUGACGAUUGAGGGAGAUCUAAAAGAAGCAGAAAGGGAAAGAAAGCAUUAUGAAGGAAUUAUGCACACUAAAGUCCUUGCUGACCUAAAAAAUGCUGAGGCCGAGUAUCGGGAGCUUGAGCACAGCUGUCAGGAGAGUCGUCGCAAAGCGUCAAUUAUAAUUCCUGAGAGUGAGAUUGAUGUAGGAUUCGUUAAGGAAAGCAAUCCUGAGAAACUCAGUGCCGAACUCACUAGGUCUACUGAAAAACUUAAGCGUGAGGGCCAAAGAUAUCCAGAAUCUAUUGAUGAUCUCAGAAUGUUACAUGAGAAAAAAAAGCGUAAAAUAUCAAGAAAACUGGAUACUUACAAAGCCUUCCAGGAAAAAUUGGAAGCAUGUGAAAAGGCACUAAACUUGAGACGGAGCAAAUUCCAGAGGAACGCAACACUUCUGAAGCGCCAGCUGACAUGGCAAUUUAACGGCCAUUUGAAAAAGAAAGGGAUCAGUGGUCAGAUCAAAGUUAGUUAUGAGGAGCAGACUCUCUCAGUUGAGGUUAAGAUGCCGCAAGAUGCAUCAAGCAGCUCCGUUCGUGACACUAGUGGACUUUCAGGUGGUGAGCGAUCCUUUUCAACAUUGUGUUUUGCCCUUGCACUUCAUGAGAUGACAGAAGCACCCUUUCGUGCAAUGGAUGAAUUUGAUGUAUUUAUGGACGCUGUUAGCAGAAAAAUCAGCCUGGACGCCUUAGUGGAUUUCGCUUUGGCCCAAGGUUCCCAAUGGAUAUUUAUAACCCCACAUGACAUCAGUAUGGUUAAGAAUGAUGAAAGGAUCAAGAAGCAACAAAUGGCUGCUCCUCGCGGGUGACUAUUCAGAAUUGCAGCUCGUACCAUAGGGUUCGACUAUCUCAUCUGCCUAACCUCAAGAUUUUUGCUUGCGAGUUUACUUAGUCUACGAGUCACAUUGACGAGUGGCUUAUUGUAUAUUUUGUUAACUUGGUGAACUUGCUUUUCCAGAGCAUUUGUUUUGGCAUGUUGCUCGCUUAUGUAACAUUACCAUUUCUAGCAUUAAUCAAUGUUGAAAUUUGCAUCCAA